AAUUAUCCACCACUGAAUAAGAAUGUAAUAUGCAAUAUUGAUAGUAAUCACAAGAGCGUAAAGGAAUCAUGGAGGAAGCCCAAAGGAAUUGACAAUCGUGUUCGCCGUCGGUUCAAGGGUCAGCUUCCGAUGCCCAAAAUUGGAUAUGGCUCGAACAAAAAGACCAAAUAUUUGAUGCCAAACGGGUUCAAAAAGUUUCUAGUGUAUAAUGUCCGAGAGUUGGACUUGUUGCUUAUGCACAACAAAACUUAUGCAGCUGAAAUAG